AUAAAAGGCUGACUGCCACUGCGUAGAGGCAUCAGUGAACCGACAGUUCUCGUGGGAUCAACCAGCUUAAGCGCCAACAUGAGGACUGUCUUGGUGUGCCUGCUGGCGGCGGUGGCGCUGGUGGCAGCGGAGACCCGACAACCUGCUGCUGACAGUGCCGCGCAGUCGUCGACGAGCAAAGAGAAGCGCGGUAUCCUGGGACUGGGUAGCUACGGGGGCUACGGCCUCGGCAGCUACGGAGGCUACGGCGGCGGGUACGGCUACGGAGGCGGCCUGGGCUACGGAGGCGGCCUGGGCUACGGAGGCGGCAUCGGCUACGGAGGCGGUCUCGGCGGCCUGGGAGGCGGCCUCGGCGGCCUGGGAGGCGGCCUCGGCGGCCUGGGAGCAGGCCUGGGAGGAGGUCUGGGAGGAGGCCUCGGCGGAGGAGCCGUCGCGGUGACCACCGUCAACCAGGCGGUCCCCGUGCCCGUCCCCGUGCCCCAGCCGGUGACCGUGACGCGGCCCGUGCCCGUGCCCGUGCCCCAGCCGUACCCCGUGUCGGUGCCCCGCCCCGUCCCCGUGCCGCACCCCGUGCCCGUGCCCGUCUCCGUGCCCCGCCCCUACCCGGUCGCCGUCCCGCGCCCCGUUCCCGUCAAGGUCCCCCACCCAGUGCCCGUCUCCGUGCCCCAGCCCGUGCCCGUCACCGUGCCCCAGCCCGUUCCGGUGCCCGUGCCGCAGCCCGUGCCGGUCAGUGUGCCCCAGCCCGUGGCCGUCCCCGUUGCCACCCCGGUCGUCGCCGUAGGUAGCGGCCUGGGAGGAGGAUACGGGGGUGGACUCGGAGGAGGCUACGGCGGCGGACUGGGAGGCGGCUACGGCGGCGGCCUGUCCCUCGGGGGAGGAUACGGAGGCGGUCUCUACGGCGGGAGGUACGGCGGCUCCGUCGGCUACGGCGGAGGCUACGGCUACGGCGGCAGCAGCUACGGCGGUCUCAGUUCUGGAUACGGGUACGGCCACGGCAUCCACUAGAGUGUCCGGUCCGGCGCAGUCAUCGAGCAGUACCAGCACCGCCAUUCGCCAGCACAUCGCUUCCGUGAAGGCACACCAUUUGUCACUGCAAAUCUAAACAUCUCCUUCACCUCUUGCACCUGUACAUAAUCAGACACCAAUUCUUCCUACAUCAAAGUCUGUGUUUUCUCACGAUAGGUUAGCACAGUAAAACUUGCUCAAUUGUUUUGAGAGAUGUUUUAUUGUUUUGUGUAAUAAACAGUUUUUAGAAACA